CAACCAUUGAGCAUCAUUUCCGUUCACAGGUCUUCUACGAGGAGUGAACGACGAUGCUUGACAGCUUUGAAAUCCUGACCACCUCCGGGGUGGUUCUCUGGUCUAGAACUUUUGCUCCCGUUGGUCCCAACGUGAUCAAUGGCUUAAUUAGAGAUGUCUUUAUCGAAGAGCGCAUCACACCCAACGCAACAGUCACUGAGGAUUUGUCGGCGGCUCGGAAUCCACCGUAUAAAAGGGAGAAAUAUACUUUGAAGUGGACAGCUGUGAAGGAGUUGGGUUUGAUCUUUGUCGCUGUCUACCAAUCUCUCUUGCAUCUUUCCUGGAUCGAUAAGCUCCUUGACAAUGUGCGGGUUAUAUUUGUCGACCUCUAUGGCGAUCAGCUCAAGAAGCCCAACACGAGCAUUGUUGAGUGUCACUUUGACGAGUAUUUCGACCAGCAGAUGAGGGAGCUGGAGAAGAGUGCGCGGUCAGCUCAGCCUGCCAAGGCCGUUGCUGCUGCUACUGCUGCUGCUGAUAUUGCGCCAUCAACGCCUGGCGGCGUUGGAGAGGAGCCCCCGCCAUUGCCGGGUAUCAAGAGCUUAUCGCAAAAACAACCAUUAUUUACACCCGUCCCAGCUGAGUUAAGCCCUGUCUCGACCCCUGAGGUCUCGCGACCAGCAUCCCCCGCUGUCAGCCAUCUACUAUCUGCGAAAGGAGGACCUGGCGGCCGAACAUCUCGUCGGGCAAGGAAAGCAGCCAAUGCGUCAGCGCAUGCGUCAUCGGGCGAAGAAUCUCCAGCUAGACGGCCCAGGAGCGUUAAAUCGAACACGAAGAAGAUGCGAAAGUGGGAUGCGGACGGACUGGCAGACGAGGACGACAAUGAGACUUCUCUCGACUACUCAAUGAAUGCGGGUGACGGAGCGGACGAUGGGCAAGAUGGUGGUUCUCGCGCCCCUGCAGUAGAGGCAGUCAGCCAAUCUUCCUGGGGGAAGAAGACUGGAAAGGGCGAAUUCGUCCUCAAGGACCUUGACGAGGAAGUACACGAGAUUCUAUCAUCUGCAGAUGCCAAGAAAGCCAACGGUGCUGCGUCUGACGGAAUUAUGGGCUCAGGUAUAAGCGCGAUCAGCGGACUGUUCCGUAACGUAGUCGGAGGCAAGACCCUCACGAAACAAGACCUCGAUAAAGCGCUCAAGGGUAUGGAGGAUCAUCUAUUGAAAAAGAACGUUGCACGCGAAGCUGCGAUGCGGCUUUGUGAAAGCGUUGAGCGUGAACUUAUCGGCGCCAAAACUGGCAGCUUCCAGAGUGUCGACAGCAUCAUCCGUACCGGCAUGGAGUCUGCUCUCCGCAAGAUCCUCACACCCACCUCAUCACUCGAUCUCUUGCGCGAAAUCCAAUCCGUCACUUCCCCCUCCAUUACCUCUCUCCAAAAGCCCCGCCCGUACGUCAUCUCUAUAGUCGGCGUCAACGGUGUCGGAAAAUCUACCAAUCUCUCCAAAAUUUGCUUCUUCCUCCUUCAAAACAAAUUCCGCGUCCUGAUCGCCGCAUGCGACACGUUCCGCUCCGGCGCCGUCGAGCAGCUGCGCGUACACGCGCGGAACCUCAAGGAACUCGGCGAGCGCGAAGGUGGCUACGUCGAGCUCUAUGAAAAGGGAUACGGCAAGGACGCUGCCAACAUUGCGAAAGAUGCUGUGACAUUUGCGGCCCAGUCCAACUUUGACGUUGUCCUCAUCGACACGGCUGGCCGCAGACACAAUGACCAGCGUCUCAUGUCCUCGCUCGAGAAGUUUGCCAAGUUUGCCCAGCCCGACAAGAUCCUUAUGGUGGGCGAGGCUCUCGUGGGCACAGACUCGGUUCAGCAGGCGCGUAAUUUCAACGCCGCCUUUGGUACCGGCAGAGCCCUCGACGGUUUCAUCAUCUCGAAAUGUGAUACCGUCGGCGACAUGGUCGGAACCCUGGUCAGCAUGGUCCAUGCUACUGGUAUCCCUGUACUCUUCCUUGGUACCGGCCAGCAUUAUAGCGACUUGCGCACCCUGAAUGUCUCUUGGGCGACCAACUUGCUUAUGAGCUAGGUUGUCCCUUUGCUUAUGAGCCCCUUUCAUCUCUACUUGGAAGCUUUAUUUUUAUUUUUAUUUUUAUUUUUUUUUUCUCAUCUGCGUGUUUAUUUCUUCUUUUAUCUCCUUUUGCUAGCUUGAUGAUGGACUGCUCAUAGUGGAGGGAAAAGUAGUCGACGGGUCCUGGUCCGUAGAUGUCGAGGAUACUCGAAAUGUAUCUACGCGGCAAGGCGGCGCAUUUGACGGCUUUUGUUGUUUCUUUCCUUUCCUUUUCUUUUUCAUCACCGCUCUGUCCUUUCAUUGUUGUCAUUACCCAUACCAUCAUCAACACAUCCACAGAUACUAGUCAGUAUACCUCCCGCUCGAUAUUUGAUAUCUUUAAUGAAGCCACGAC